AUGGCAGAUAAUCCAGUUGAUAAAUUAAACAUUCUGAAGGAGCAGUCCAGAAAGGAACGCAAGGCGAGGGUAAAUUGGCAAAGAAAAUGGGGUUACCACUUGGACUUCAAACGAAUAAUCAAGGAGGAAGCCGAAAAACUCGGUUUCACGGAAGAGGAAUUUUACGAGAAAGUUAGUUUCAAGAAACCCCAACCGAAAUAUGAUUCGAUUGGCUGGGAUAUUGAAGAGGCAGGCGGUGUUCCUCGGACAUCUUCAGGAGUGAUUGGAUGGAGAGGUGAUUUGAAGUAUUCGCUCGAAAAAGUUGGACCCAUGUUCGUCAGUCCUCUGCAUACGAUGCCGAAGAAGGAGAAACAGAAUUUCAUAAUUUUAGGAUAGGGGUGAUUUUCGUGACUUGAAUAUUUCGUUUUUUACUUUUAUAAUUACCUUCAUUGACGUAACUAUCACAGGGGUAUAACAUAUCGUGAUUUGAUUGUAGGACCCAUUAUUGUUGCUUUUGGGCAGCCAUCGUCACAAUUUUUUUACGGUGAUAAUCAUGCUAGAAUUGUCAACCACCACAUAGAAAUGCAUGCAUUAAACGAAUUUAUUGACCCGCUGCCUAUACAAAUCAAAAUUGUAUUGAACAUGUUUGGUCUGCAAUGUCACAGCAAUUACACCGCCUAUCCGACCCACUACAGAGCAUUACAACAGCAGUCAAAGCCAAUGCUGACAGACAUUUGAUAAAACGUUCCUCAAACUUUCACUGAUAACCUCAUUGACGCAAUUCAGAAUUAAAUCUUAUUUUCAAAAUGUUACCUAUUUUGAGCAUGAAGAUUCCACCAAGUAGAAUAUUUAUUUGGAUCAUUGUUUCACUAUGUUGUCACUCUAAUGC